AUGUCCAUGUCUGUUGAAGAUUGUACACAGGCCCGUGAGGGGUUCCCACGUCCUUACCCCAACACCCCUUCUAAUGUCCUGGAACAACUCCGUUUGACUGGGAAAGUGGUUGUUGUCAACGGCGCUGCCGAUGGCAUUGGUCUGGCUGUGGCGGAGGCCAUGGCUGAAGCCAAUGCAAACGUUGCCCUGUGGUACAAUUCGAACGAAGCUGCAGUUGAAAGGUCCCAAGCUUUAGCAAAAAUUCAUAACGUGAAGACGGCGGCCUACAAGGUUGAGGUUUCGGAUCACAAUCAGGUGUAUGAAGCUAUUGCAACGGUUGUCCGAGAUUUUGGAAAGAUCGAUGUUUUCAUUGCCAACGCGGGAAUGGCAAUUUCAAAGCCCAUCUUGGAGCAGACUGUUGACGAAUACCGAAAACAGAUGUCUGUAAAUGUUGACGGUGUUCUCUUUUGCGCCAAGUACGCUGGAGAAGUGUUCAAACGGCAAGGCUUUGGCAAUCUUAUCAUCACUUCGAGUAUGAGUGGCCACACUGUGAAUGUCCCUGUCGACCAGCCGGUGUACAACGCAAGCAAAGCAUUUGUCACCCAUUUUGGAAAGUCACUAGCACGUGAGUGGCGGGAAUUUGCUCGAGUAAACAUUGUCUCACCCGGCUUCUUCGAUACCAAAAUGGGUGCUAGCCCACUGGCCAUGCACGAGGCAUAUCGUAUGUCGUCGCUGGGUAGGCAAGGUCAUGUAAAGGAGAUCAAGGGCUUGUACCUUUAUCUGGCCAGUGAUGCCUCUAGCUAUAUGACGGGGACUGAUGUGCUUAUCGACGGUGGCUAUGUUCUGCCGUGA